AAGAGCCGCUGCGGGUUGCCAACCCAAGAGACCAGACAAACAGGAUACAAUAGAGAGAGAGCAAGAGGCAGUGCAACUCAUCCAGCGCACGCACAGCCCAUCCUCCCAUUCCAUUCCAUCGCCGCAACUCUACUCCAAUCGAUCCUCCUCCUCUUCUUCCUCUCGACACGAGCAGUAGUAGCCCAGCCGCCUCCAGUCCUCCAACCCACCCUCCGUCUCUAGAUCGAAUAAUCGUCAAAUCCACAAGGAGGAAGAAGAUGGUGUCCGCCGUGCUGAGGACCAUCCUGGUGACGGGCGGCGCCGGGUACAUCGGCAGCCACACCGUGCUGCAGCUGCUCCAGCAGGGCUUCCGCGUCGUCGUCGUCGACAACCUCGACAACGCCUCCGAGGUCGCCCUCGUCCGCGUCGCCGAGCUCGCCGGACACAACGGUGGCAACCUCGUCUUCCACAAGGUUGACCUUCGCGACAGGCAGGCGCUCGAGGACAUCUUCUCGUCCCACAGGUUUGAAGCUGUGAUUCACUUUGCUGGGCUCAAAGCUGUUGGCGAGAGCGUGCAGAAGCCCCUGCAUUACUAUGACAACAACCUCAUCGGCACCAUCACCCUCCUCGAGGUGAUGGCUGCACAUGGCUGCAAGAAGCUGGUGUUCUCGUCAUCCGCAACUGUUUAUGGGUGGCCCAAGGAAGUGCCAUGCACUGAAGAAUUCCCCCUUUGCGCCACCAACCCCUAUGGGCGAACCAAGCUUGUGAUUGAAGAUAUCUGCCGUGAUGUCCAUCGUUCAGACCCUGACUGGAAGAUCAUACUGCUUAGAUACUUCAACCCUGUUGGUGCUCAUCCAAGCGGAUACAUUGGUGAAGACCCCUCUGGAGUCCCAAACAACCUGAUGCCCUAUGUUCAGCAAGUUGCUGUUGGGAGGAGACCUCACCUGACAGUUUAUGGGACGGACUACAACACAAAGGAUGGAACUGGGGUGCGUGAUUACAUCCACGUUGUUGACCUGGCUGAUGGGCACAUAGCAGCUCUGAGGAAGCUCUACGAAGACUCAGACAAAAUAGGGUGUGAAGUAUACAAUCUGGGCACAGGAAAGGGUACGUCAGUGCUGGAAAUGGUGGCUGCAUUUGAGAAGGCUUCUGGCAAGAAAAUCCCUCUGGUGUUUGCUGGGCGAAGACCUGGAGAUGCGGAGAUUGUUUAUGCCGCAACGGCCAAGGCCGAGAAGGAGUUGAAAUGGAAGGCAAAGUACGGGAUUGAGGAGAUGUGCAGAGACCUGUGGAACUGGGCAAGCAAGAACCCCUACGGGUAUUCCGGAUCAAGCGAGAACGGCAACUGAAACUGAAUUGGAGCACAUGGUAGCAAGCAGCAGUCUACUAGUCGUAGUAAUUAAAAAGAAGUCGCAGAGUACCGGAUGCUACUACUAAUCCGAGGACGGAUGGAUGAUCGAUGGGCCUCGUAUUCUCAUUGUACAGAGAAGAGGGAGGGAGUAGGAGGACCCAGCUGCCCAUCCAUCCAGCUUAUUUGUCACCGCUAUACAUAUGAUUAUUGUUAGGUCUGUCUAGUAUUAAUCCAUGCUUAUGAUUGGUUUUGCUAGAUAGACAAGGAAUAAACCCCAUGAAAUGUCCACUGAUUAUAGGUAUAUAUAUAUAGAUACAUAUAUGUACGUACUGUGCCUGCUGCCUCCGACCCGACCAGGGGUAACAAUUCAGAAUGUGAAAGUUUUCUUCCAUGAUCCA